AUGCAGUCAGCUUCAAAGGAUCUCAAGGCGCAUGAGCAUGAAAGAGAGAGAAUGGCACAAAUCAAUAGUCUUGAUGUUGAAGUAGAAGAACAAAAAGCCAAGGUAACAUCCAUACAUGGUAAUUGUGAUAGUGCUCAAUCUGAGCUUGAUUCUGUCCGCCAUAAGAUGAAAGAGUAUGACAUCCAAGUUAGUAGCAUUGUCAAGGAACAGCUAAAGCGGCUGCACAAAAUUACUGAGAUCAAGCUUGAGCAAAAGAAGUUGGAAAAUGAGGUAAAUCUAAUGGAAAUGGAACACAAGGAUUGCUCUACUAGAGUUGAGAAACUGCUGGAGAAGCAUGCCUGGAUUGUAACUGAGAAUCAGUUAUUUGGAAGAAGAGGAACUGAUUAUGAUUUUGAAUCACGUGAUCCUCAUAGGGCUAGGGCGGAACUGGAGAAGCAGAGCAAUCAGGUUUGGAGAAAAGGUGAACAAGAAAGUUAUGGCGAUGUUUGA